ACUUCUUUUCCCUUGACCCUUCGUGCUACUUUUUUUUUUCUUCUUUCUUUUCUUCUUCUUUUCCUCCUUCAUACUUACUCCUCCUCCAUCCAUACUUUGCUCCAUCCCAUCUUUUAUGCCUCUCUCAUAGUAUCAGGCGUGGACACGACGUGACGACAGGCUGCUUCUCACACAUCAGUGACAUCACCUCCCUCCUUUUACGUUCACGUUCUCGUUCUCGUUCUCGUUCUCGUUCUCCCCUCGCCUCUCCUCUUCCCUUCUCCCCGCCGCCUCCUCACACCUUCCACCAUGGCGUCUCCAGUAGCUUCGGCCGCCCUCAAGUCGAGGGUCGCCAGGAAAUCUCUAUUGGACAAGCUGGCGCGGCCGCAAGACCUCAUCCACCACUUCCCCAAUGGCACCUACAUCGGAUGGUCCGGGUUCACGGGCGUGGGAUACCCCAAGAAGAUCCCCACUGCGCUCGCCGACUACGUCGAACAGAACAACCUCCAGGGCAAGAUGAAGUACGGCCUCUUUGUGGGUGCGUCCUCGGGCGCGGAGACGGAGAACCGGUGGGCCGGGCUCGACAUGAUCGAACGGCGGAGCCCGCACCAGGUCGGCAAGGCCAUCGCCAAGGGCAUCAACGAGGGCCGCAUCCACUUCUUCGACAAGCACCUGUCGACGUUCCCGCUCGACCUCGUCUACGGCUUCUACACCAAGGACCGCCCCCACAACAAGAUGGACGUGGUGGUGGUCGAGGCCACGGAGAUCAAGGAAGACGGCAGCAUCGUGCUCGGCGCGUCGGUCGGCGCCACGCCCGAGCUGGUGCAGCUGGCCGACAAGAUCAUCAUCGAGGUCAACACGUCCAUGCCGAGCUUCGACGGGCUGCACGACAUCACGUUCAGCGAGCUGCCGCCGAACCGCAAGCCCCAGCUGGUGAUGGCGGUGGAGGACCGCAUCGGCCGCACCACGCUCCCGAUCGACUCGGAAAAGGUGGUCGCCAUCGUCGAGUCGGACUACCAGGACAUGACGGCGCCCAACACGCCGGCCGACGCGGCCAGCCGGGCCAUCGCCGGCCACCUCAUCGAGUUCUUCGAGCACGAGGUGGCGCACGGCCGGCUGCCCAAGACGCUGCUGCCGCUGCAGUCCGGCAUCGGCAACAUCGCCAACGCCGUCAUCGGCGGGCUGGCCGAGGCCAACUUCUACAACCUCAAGGUGUGGACCGAGGUGGUGCAGGACACGUUCCUCGACCUCUUCGACUCGGGCCGGCUCGACUUCGCCAGCGCCACGUCGGUCCGGUUCUCGCCCGACGGCUUCAAGCGGUUCUACGACAAGCUGGACUACUUCGACGGCAAGCUCCUCCUGCGCAACCAGCAGAUCUCCAACUCGCCCGAGAUCAUCCGGCGGCUGGGCGUCAUCGGCAUGAACACGCCGGUCGAGGUGGACAUGUACGCGCACGCCAACAGCACCUGCGUGAUGGGCAGCCGCAUGCUCAACGGGCUGGGCGGCAGCGCCGACUUUCUGCGCAACGCCAAGUACAGCAUCAUGCACACGCCCAGCACGCGGCCGUCCAAGACGGACCCGCACGGCGUCAGCUGCAUCGUGCCCAUGUGCACGCACAUCGACCAGACCGAGCACGACCUCGACGUGGUGGUCACCGAUGUGGGCCUGGCCGACGUGCGCGGCCUGAGCCCCCGCGAGCGGGCCCGCGUCAUCAUCAAGAAGUGCGCCCACCCGGUCUACCAGCCCAUCCUGGAGCGGUACCUGGACAAGGCCGAGUUUGAGUGCCUGAAGAAGGGCAUGGGCCACGAGCCCCACCUGCUGUUCAACUCGUUUGACAUGCACAAGGCGUUGGUCGAGGAGGGCAGCAUGCAGAAGGUCAAGAGCUUCUAAGGCUGAGGGCGUAGGUAGGAACGGGCUAAUGGAGAAGAAAAGUCGGUGUGUGGGAUGUGCUUGAACAGGCUACAAGUGUGUUGAUAUCCAGUGUGAGGAGGUCGAAGCGAAUCAGCGAUCUUGUAGGUUUUCCCCCUUUUUUUCUUAUUGUUUUGUUUCUGGAUUCGAGAAGAGCUGGUGACGGACCAUGGUGAGGCAUUCGACAGGGAAGAUGUUCAGGAUUCUUCGUGUCUUUGGGAGUACCUAGGUACCUUAUAUUUUACUGGUGCAUGCUGCAUACGGCUCAGUCGCCUUGGCUUCUUAGUCAUUCCCCUGCA